UUUGAUUAGGAACCGAAAUGCACUAGAUUCACAUUAUUUUCUGUAAGUUUCGCAUAACAGUGUUGGCAUUAGUGAGAAAUGUAAUAAAAGUGAUCAACAAUCUCGGGAUUUGCAGAAACAACACAAUGCAGUUCAUUAAUAAAAGUUUUAUUUUAAUUGAAUGAGGCAGACACAACGAUUUCAAUUAAUUUUUGACUAUAAUAAAGUUAUGGUGAAUGUGAAUUUAGUGUUGUUGAAGGCUCAUAAGAGCUUUUCCGUGUAAAACUGAUGCUAAUUUGACGUAAUUUGUGAUGAUGCCCACAUUGCCUAGCUUUAUCACAGUUCCUGAUUUUGUUCAAGAGACCCGAGAUGACUAUAAUUCACCCAUUACCUCUACUUUCGUGUCGAAAAUGCAGCAAUGUAGGAACACCAUUACAACAUUGGAAGAGACCUUGGAUUACGAUCGAGAUGGGUUGACUAAAAUGAAAAAGGCCAUAAAGGCCAUACACACUUCAGGAAAUUGUCACGUGGAUAACGAAUCAUAUUUAGUGAAAGCCUUGGAAAAAAUUGGACAAAAUGCCACUUUGAAAGAGCACGAAGAAAUAAUAGGGAACGCUUUCCUGAAAUUCGCCGUAGUGACACAAGAACUUUCAGCUUUGAUGAAGACCCUCAUGCAAAAUUUAAACAACAUCGUUAUGUUUCCUUUAGACAGUCUACUAAAAGGCGAUCUGAGGGGAGUAAAAGGAGACUUGAAAAGGCCUUUUGAUAAAGCUUGGAAAGAUUAUGAAAAUAAAUAUGCGAAAAUUGAAAAGGAAAAGAAACAGCAAGCCAAAGAUGCGGGGCUAAUUAGAUCGGAAGUUACGGCUCCGGAAAUAGCCGACGAAAUGGAAAAGGAAAGGCGUUUAUUUCAAUUACAAAUGUGCGAAUAUUUGAUAAAGUAUAAUGAAAUAAAAACGAAGAAGGGUAUUGAUCUUCUUCAAAGUCUUGUGGAAUAUUACCAUGCUCAAACAAACUAUUUUCAAGAUGGACUGAAGACAAUAGAACAUUUUGGUAAUUACGUAGCAGAUUUAAGCAUUAGAUUACAAAAAAUAAGACAAGCUCAAGACGAAGAAAAAAGAAAAUUAUGUGAUUUAAGAAAUUUGAUAAAGUCAACUCCUAGUAUCGAAAAAGAAGUUGGCUCCCAAGUCGAUAAAGGUGCUGCAGGGUAUUCCUUACAUCAACUUCAAGGUGAUAAACACCACGGGGUAACAAGAACAGGAUAUCUGUUAAAAAAAUCAGAAGGAAAAAUGAGGAGAGUCUGGCAGAAAAGGAAAUGCAGGGUACAAGCUGAAGGGUAUUUAGAAAUUUGUCAUGCAGAUGAAAGUAAACCUCCAACUAGAGUCAAUCUACUGACUUGUCAGAUUAAAAUUGUCCCUGAUGACAAACGAGGCUUCGACUUGAUUUCUUAUAAUAGGACUUACCAUUUUCAAGCAGAGGAUGACUCUGAUCAAAGGGCAUGGAUGUCGGUAUUAGUAAACUGUAAAGAAAUGGCUCUGAUGAAAGCUUUUGAUGAUAGCUCUAAGACUGGUAGUGAUAAAGUUAAUCAUAGUUUUAUGGAGCUUCAACAGGCUAUUAUAAAAUAUAUCCAAAAAAUACCAGGAAAUGAUAGAUGUUGUGACUGCAACUCUCAAAAUGAUGCAACGUGGUUAUCAACAAAUUUUGGAAUAAUAGUGUGUAUUGAAUGUUCCGGUAUCCACAGAGAUUUGGGAGUUCAUAUUAGUAGAAUACAAUCAUUAACUUUAGAUAAUGUUGGUACUAGUCAGUUAGUCCUUGCCAGAUUCAUGACAAAUAAUCUUUUUAACGAUAUUAUGGAGGAGCAACUAUCGCCUAAUGAAAAAUUGGAACCAUCGAGUUCGAUGGAGGAAAGACUUAAUUUUAUUAGAGCUAAAUAUGUCGAAAAAAGAUUCGCUACAAAGCAUUGUGAAUCUGAAAGGGAGAAAUUGUUUGAACUGGAGGAAGCUGUUAAUAGAGGUGAUUUACAGCGGCUACUACAAGCUUUUGCUGAAAAUGUUGAUUUCGGAGCGCCACUACCAACUUCAAAAAUUGGUGAAACAGCUUUACAUCGAGCAAUAUUGAAUGAAUCGGGUCGUACUCUUCACAUAGUAGAUUUCCUUAUCCAGAACAUGUCUAAUUCCUGUAUCGAUAAGGUUACAAACCCUCCAGUUAUACCAGAAAUGAGUGGUUCGAAUACUGCAUUACAUCUUUGCGCUUUGCACGACAAAGUUGAAUGCAUGAAAUUAUUGUUACGAAGUGGUGCUGAUACUUCACUUAAAAAUUCCCAUAAUAAAACUGCAAUGGACAUUGCUCAAGAAAUGGGAAACAACUCAUGUCAAGAAUUGUUGCAAAAUGCUGCCAACAGGUUGAAAAAUUAUUUUGAUAAUAUCAAUAUUGAUUGGAACUUACUUCAUGAUGAUGGAUCUACUGAUUUUUCGGAUGAUGAAACUAUAAUUGAGGAUAGGAAUGGAUCCUUGACUCCAGAGAAGAAAAACCGUUCCAGACCUCCAAGUUAUACAGGUGGGGAUUCUCCUAUAAUUUUACGUUCACGAUCAUCCACUUGUGAUAAUUUACAACUAGGAUCUAAUUCUAAUACUAUUAAUAGACAAAUGCCUCAUCCCUCCUCUACACAUUCUAAAAAAACAGCAGCUAUGGUGCAUAAUAGUUUGAAGAAAAGAGCAGCACCUCUACCACCACCGAACAGUUCAGUCCAGUAUGGUACAUUACCCAGUAGCCACAGUAGAACGCCCUCAGAUCCAAUAGCUCCUGGUUACCAUACACUAAGUCAUACUCACAAACGAUCACCUAGUAGUGAUAGCAGUUCCGGUAGAUCUGUGAUACCCAUAGUAAACAAACUAGUCAUGGCAGAUUGUAAAAAUUCUGAUAAAUUUGGUUCGGUACGAAGACCACAAAACCCUCCUCCGCCUGCACCUAAUCUCUCUUCAACUAGAUUAUCAAAUGGAAGAUCUACUGAAAGUAUAUCUUCGAUGGUGUCAGAUAUUGAUGUUUCUUCUAUGAUGCAUAAUCCUAUACCACCACCAAGAAGAAAACGCAAGUGUCGUGUGGAUAGUGUUACUGAAGAUAACGAUGUAUCUAGUCUGGCUUCGGAUUCACCUCCACAUAGAAUAUCGUCUAGUCCAAUAUCCACGAGUUCGUUGUGCUCCCCCCGAUCUAUACCAAGCGGUAGGCUAUCGUAUGCAUCAAAUGGUAAUAGUGGAUUGCGUAGAUGUAAGGCCCUAUACGACUGCGCAGCCGAUAACGACGACGAACUUUCUUUCCAAGAAGGAGAAAUCAUCAUAGUCAUCAACGAACACACAGAUGAUGACAAUUGGAUGGAAGGAAUGGUGGAGAACGAGCCAGACAGAACGGGGAUGUUUCCCAUUAGUUUUGUCCAUAUGCUGCCAGACUAAUAAAUCUAUAUAAUCGAUAUUAAAAAAAAGUAUUUAAUAUAUUUUUCAUGCAAAAGCUCUAAAGCGAGAGGAAUAUUAAAAAAUAAUUAAAUAUGUUUGUCGUUUUUGGAAAGUAUUUUCCCUAAAAUGUUGAAGAAUGUUUAGUUUAACAAAGAAAGUUGAUUGUUUAGAAUAGGGGAAAUUUCGACAAAUGUGGCAUUUGAUUGCGAUAAGCGAAGACACAGAACACCAUUCACAAAUUUAACCAAGUAUUGUUUAUUUAUUGUAAGUCUUAACGUUUUUCGAUAAUACAAAAAAUGUAAUAGAAUUUUUAAAAAAUGGUUUUAUUUGUUAUAAAUACGUCUAUUGAUUAAUUUGAUUUUUACUUUCUGUGUGCCACCAGGUUAGUUGAAAGUAAAUGUUGCACUACAUAUUUUUUCAUCUUUACCAACUUUUUUUUAACCCGUAACUGGCGAGGUGAUUUUUUUAUUACGUCAAAUGGUGAGGUAGGACUUGGCAAAUCCCGAAUAUAAAUGGCUCUUAUUCUUUAAAAAAUAAGAAAAACGUAUCUGACAUCUGUUUGUUUUGAUGAUUUUAUUCAUUAAAUUUAUUGAAUAUAUUCAAAAUUUACAUUAAAAAUAAAAACUCUGCGAUAAUAAAGCUUCAUUUUUCAACAUUGAAAAAUAUACAUUAAAUACAGUAUCUAAUAAAAGUAAAUCAAACAAAAAAUAAAAAUAGCGGAAAUCAUAUCUGGCAAUCUUUUAGAAACUUUCCUCCAUUCCUCUAAAUUCGUGACCUUCUUAUUGUAACUUCAAUACCUAAUAUAAUGCCCUUGUGGCCGCAUAUCUCCCACGUCGUUUAUUCGGUGGCCAGCCGCAUUGACUUAUUUCCCACAUAAUGCCCGACCAUUUUCAACAAAACAAUAUGCUAGUAUUAACAAAAUAAGUAAGUUUAUCACACCCCGUAUAUACAUUUCGAUAUUGCCGUUAUCGCCUCACAAAACAGGUACGUCCCACCUCCAUCGAUGUUGCCGUUAUCGCUUUACAAAACACUCACUUUUUCGCCUUUUUUUUAACAUAUCCCGUAUUUCGAUACUCGAUGUUGCCGUCAUCGCUUGCGGUUAUACGUGGCGACAAGGAUACUUCGACGUAACCCGUGAACGUCGUGUCCGCCCCCGUACCCGCCUAGAGCAUCUACUAAAAAAUGUAAAAAAAAAAUUAUUUCUGGUAGUUUAUUGUAGAGCUUAUUGAGCGCACACUGCAAUUGCUACAAAUAGGAGUGCGGCAAUAAACACACAGAAACCUGUUCUUCCUCUCAUUUUUCCUUGGAUAUUUACACAUCUAAUCUACUUUUCUAAAGGUUCUGGUAAGCUAAACGUCAUGGGUUUAUCCAGAAUCCUUCCAAUGCUUUCACGAGGCAAGGACUGACUAUAAGUAUGUAUGUCGGGUUUAUGAGCUUCUCUAUCAAUACAUGGGCUAUGGUACCUCAAAGAUAUCAAAUUAGCGGUUUUAUUUAUUUUUUCUGAAAGUGUCUACUUAAUGUAAGUUCCCAAUUUUUCAGUUCUGGCACAAGAUGGAUAGAUGAGAACCAAUUAUCAACUGUCAAGUUACGGUUAGUUCCUAUAAUUACAGGAUCUAGACGUAAAACUGAUUGAAUUGGUUUUGAAAUUUCUUUUUCAUCUUCGGAAAGCUUUUUCCCCUUAUUUUCUUUUCCAGAAUUAACAUAGGCAUUCAAGCAGUAAUGUCUCUUUCUAUUGUAAUGUCAAAAAGAAUUCUGAAAUGUGAUAAAUUGUCCAUCCGUCAACGUUCCAUAAAAAAUACUAGAAUCACAUACCAGCGUUGCGUUGUGUAGUAUCUUUUUUUGCCUGGGAUUAUUACCUAAGUAUACUACUACUCCUUGUACGAUGUAUUGCCACCCCGGUUGCUACUGGUCCACACUCUCCAUCUGACACUUCCGUUAAACAUCAGCGGUAGUGGCCUGUGAUCUUAAAACCAUACUUCGCGAAAUGUCUCGUUUUAAACCUCUGCGGUAACCCUUUCUAAGCUGUAGUCCUACUAUAACUAGCAAACUGAACGUAAUAACGUACAUAAGCACCCUUAUGUCGGUGGGCAUUUGCAAAAGGUCAUCUUCCAGAAUGAAGUUAGAAUUGACUACACCGCUGCUCGCAACUUCACUUUCUUUAGAGUGUUUAGUACCCAUUUCGAAUUGGAAAAAAGUCACUUAAGUUCACUUUUAACUUUCAUCUGAGAACUUUCCCGAACGCGCGUAUACUACGAGCAUCUCAAACGCGUUGGAUCCUGGAAUCUUCUGGCAGGAUCGCCAUGUAAUGUUGGGCCAUAACGAGGAGUAGAAAUUAAACAACAAUUGAACUUCACCAUUUUUCUAUUGUCUUAAUAGUUUGGAAUUACCUUUUUACAAUGAAUGACGACACACAUAAUAUUGGUUCAUAAUUACGAUAUAGUUUACCUACGUAGACAGUAAAUUGUAAUAUCUCCAAAACAUAGGUGACCUGGUUAUAAAUAAUUAACAGUUAGUGUACAGGGUGUAUACAUAGAUAGAGAUAUAAAAGAAUAAAAUAAUUGACUUAAAGGCCACCACAGUAUCGUUCAAGGCCAUGAUAUUUCUGAAUCCAGCUGUAGAGUCACAGUUAGUUUCUAUAAUGCUUCAAGCAGUAAUGUUUCUUUAUAUCGUUCAAGACCAUGAUAUUUCUAAAUCCAACCAACAUUUCGUCUAUGCAAGCAUAUUCCCUAAAAGAAAAGCAUGCUUGGCUAUAUAUGAAAAAUUUGUCAAAAACCCAGAAUAUUGCAACGGUAUCAUCAUUUUUUUUUCAUUCUUUUCUUUCUGCAGCAUUUUCAAAACGAAGGCAGCAGGCUAAAAUUACUGAAUUUUUCUUCAAUGAAAUAGUGCUUCUAAAAAUGUUUGUGAAUCAUUGUGAAUCAUCUAUAACAUUGCCACUAUUGGCGCCGCUUUUAUUCACGCGUCAUUCUUAAAAACGGGGUCAUCUGUCUUUAUUUAACGAGCCGAAGAUGUCGAAGCUAUAGUCCAAACAAGAAAACAAAGUCGAUAAAAAAGUCAUUGAGGUGGAGUUCACCAAACCAAAAAAAUCGUUAUUACCGCUAGAAUACCAACAAGGAACUAAUUCAGAAAGUUGCAGGUGUCUUUUUAAUUGGUGAGGUUUGGGAAACCCCCCACCUCACCAGUUCCGGGUUGAAGCUAGAGUGUCUUCAAUAAAUUAUAUUAAAAAUAUAUUAUAAAAGAUAAUAUUCUCGAUGUAUGGAUUUACUGAAUGUAAAGCAUUUUUAAAAUAUGAAAUGUCUAAAACCAUUUACCAAAUGAUACCAAGAAAUAAUAUUGUAUACUUUAUUUAAUUUUAUUUGUACAUAUUUGUAUAUUUCUUUAUUAUUAUGUACAGGGUGGAGGUAGGAAACCAAAACAUGUAAAAUUGAAAAAAAAUUUUCAGUGUACACGUUUUGUUUUUUAUGUACCUCUUAUAACCUUCACGUUGAUUACCAUGCGCCAUACAUUUCAUAUUAUACAGGGAGAGGAUCAAAAUUAAUUGUGAUUUUUUUUUAAAUGGAACAUGGAUAUUUGCUUGAGUUACUUUCGUAAACCACCCUGUGAGUAUAGUUUAUUUAGUUUAAAUUUGGUCUGCCAUAAUUUAAUAUUUUACCUAGUUAUUGUUUUAUAUUUUGUAUAUAUUAUUUUUUCUAAAUUAUUGAGACAACUUUCAUCCCUUCACUAUUUUUUCCCAAAUUGAACUGUUUUUAUGUAACAGCAUGUUUGUGUAAUUGUAUAGUUGUGUAGAAAUUAUUUUUCCUAAAAGUGUGUUAAAUGUUAUAGAAACCAAAGAAAUCUAUUGAUAUAUAAAAAAAUCCAGUGUAAAUACUGUUUCUUUAACCUGAUAGCUAUUUUUGAAAAUGAAAUAUUUUUCUAACGACAUCCCUAUUUUGGUUCAAAAAUAUAUAUAUAAAAAGGCUGAUUAAUGCAUUUUUGGCUGUUCUUAAUCAAGGAAUGCUGUUUUAAUGAGAUGAUUUUUUUAUUAACAGUUUAUCAUUUAUUAACAUUUUUUGUUUUUAGAUAUCUUAAUUUUAACUAAUUCGAAAUUUAUAUGUUAUCAAUGGCCUGGAUAUCUAUCUGAGUAUCCACCUGACUGUUUCCAAAUAUUUGCCUUCCAAUCAUUUUAUUCCCACUUUCAUUAAAAUCUCUCGUUAUGUUCUUCUUUAUAUUGUGAACCAAUUAUUUACUAUUAUGAUUACACUAAUUUUCUCAUAAUUACAAUAUCUGGUCCUUCGAGCCGGAUUUGUACUUGGAGGAGUAGUCAGUGUAAUUGAGACUGCUUGUAGCAUAAGUAGUAAAAUACUACGUUCAAUAUGUUAUUUAUCAAUGGUCUGAAUAACUUUAUUUGAGAGUCCACCUGGCUGCUUCUAAAUAUUUGUACUCCAAUGAUUAUUUCCCCACUUUUAUGGAAAUUUAUAUCAUUAUGUUCUUCUUUACAUUCUGAACACAUUAUUUACUAUUACUACUACACUUUACUUUAAUAAAAAAAUUUUCAAUCAUUAGUUUGAAUAUUGAGGGCUAAAAAGUAACGAGACCCAUCUAUUGAAGUAGUUAGUUGACGUAAUUUUGUUACUUUUUGAUCGCAUUUUGUUGUGACGAGAAGAAGAAUCAGAUCACAUAAAGGCUCAAUAAAAUGGUGUAUAUAUAUAUAUAUAUAUAUAUAUAUAUAUAUAUAUAUAUAUAUAUAUAUAUAUAUGAGUUCCAAUUAAUGGUAUUAGUUCAUUGUGAUUCAUAUUAUAACCAGGCUUCACAGGCAUUUUAGUUGGUUAGAUUAGUAUUCUUUUUCCUGUAACUUGGCCCUUUUCUAUAUAAUUACGUAGUUUUUAAAUGUUCUAAAAAAUAAUAAGGCCCUCAUUUUGGUUAUUAAAGCAGCUCAUGAUAGGUGGGCAAGGAAGUUGAUAGAUAAAUUAUUAUAAACUCCUGAUGUGUUUUAAUAUUAACUCCACAGUAAUCGCAUGUUUUUAGCUGUUUCUUUUUAGUUUUGGAAAAUUGUCCAGUAUUUUCUAAUUCCUCCGAGCUUUUAGAUUUAAUUUUGUCAAAAAAAUUAUAUAUAAAAAUCUAUACAUUAAUUUCACUUAUCGCUUUCAAGUAUUGAAGUUCUAUAGUUGGUGUUAAUAUUGUUUUUCCAUAUGUUAUAAAUAGUGAGAAUAUUAUUUUCCAACACCACCUUAGUAGAAAAACUUCCUAGAUACAUACCAUUAAUGGGGAUAAACAAACAUUUCCAAAAAAUAUCUCUAUCAUCCUUGACACAAAUAUUCCAUUCUAGAUUCAGACCAGUUUGCUGUUUAUCUGUAAAAUUAUAAGGUUUCACUUUACAGUGUUGCCUAUGUAUCUAUGUGUUUAUUCAACGUUGUUAAAAGGAAUUCACAUUGGUCGUCUUUAUAAGACCUUCCUCAGAGAUGUUCAACAUACAGAGAGUUUACAGAAAUAUUACGAGGCAUAUUCCUAAAGUAGCUCCUUUUUCAUGUAAAAAAAGAAUCUGUACAUAUACAGCCAAUAAAAUAUCUAUCAUUAUACACAAUUUGCAAAAACUCGCUGAGAUUUUUGAUCGUUGAAAUCUUUACUUCUUGAUAAUGUAAAAAAAUAUUACCAUCACAAUGGUAAACUUUCUCGGAGACUCUCGCCGACUUUUUAAAAAAAGCUGAUAUUUUGACGGCAGAAUUUUCGUUCGAAAAUUAAGGUGCUUUUUCGAUAUUAUGUCAAAAUAACGUGAAAAAUUACUAAGUAAAUUACAGUGUACAUGGGACAUAAAAAGGUAACUUUUCACAAAAUUUCGUGAAAAAAAAAUGUUUUUUGUAAAAGAUAAAAAUUACAAACGAAAAACGGUUUCCUUAAGUGUGAAUACAAAAGUUGUACAUCUUCUUAUUACCUAAAACUUUGCCUCUUGAAUUUUUUAUAUAGGAUUUGUAGGUUUGCCGAAAAUCGAGAUAAACCGUUUUUUACCCUUAAAAACUCAACCCCUUUCCCUUCCCAACCUCAAAUUGCCCGUAAAUUAUUUGUCCUUUCAUUUUUAUUAUGUUCUCCUUGUUUUCCAAUAGGUUUCAUCCUAUUUUUUGGUUUCAAAAAUUAUCGACGGAUAGAAAGGAGGGAAAUGAAUCUAGAAGCAUUUAUGGGGCGCAACCUCACAAGUGGUAUUUAGAUAUAUUAGCAUUAUUGAACCAUUCAGAUAUUUCGUUAAUAGAUGGUGUGUAUCUAGGGACUUUUGAUAAAUAGAUCUGUUGUGAUCCGCUGUUAGUUUUCAAAAAACUUCUGAUGUACCUUUACUUCUAUAAUGUAAGUUUAUUAUAUGUAAUAAUAUAUAUUUUUAGCUGUUACUAACAUACCGUUCCUACACUUAUGACCUGAUUUUAAAGUACUUUUAUUGUUAUUUUUUUAUUCACUGAAUUUCCACUUUAUUUAUUCUAGUUUUAAGUUCAUUGCAAUUAUUAACAUUAUAAUCGGCUGUUGAUUUUAUGCACAGCGCUUAAGAGCAGCCACGGAUGAUUUAAAUCUGCGUUUAACUAUGAAUUUUCUCGUAAUUGUAGAUGUGUCUAAAGGUGAUCGUUUUCAAAAGUCAACUUUAAUAAUCGGCUGUUCCCAAUACCAAUUUUCAAGACUUAUAUAUUAAUUUAUUGAAUUCAUCUAUUUUUAAACCUACUAUAUAUAUAUAUAUAUAUAUAUAUAUAUAUAUAUAUAUAUAUAUAUAUAUAUGAAUAAAUUUGUUCGCACUAAUUAAUUAUAAUUUGAAAAAAAAAAUAUUAUAACGUACCAAAGCUUCGAUUUUUGAAUUUUUCACUGUAAAACUAUUUGGAUUAACUACUACAAAAUUCGAUGAUGUAUUACUUAUAUUUAUAAUAAAUUAUAUUGUUUGGACCUUCGAGCCGGAUAGAAACUUACAGAUGACUCAAAGAACCAGUGAAUGUUUUGAGUAUGUUCAAUAUGAUUAUCACCAACAGUUUCAACUUAUGUAAAAUUCUGUCCCAAAUGUAUAUUUCUUAUUAACACGUUCAUGAUGUCGUGACCCACCGGUGGCUCAGACUACAUAUCGUGUUCUAUGUCAAAAAGGCCACUUUUCAGGGGAGCAAAAAAACUUGAUAACUUGUUACUUUUUCAUUUUAUUUCCUGAGAAACGAGGAUAGAGCUUUUAUUUGUCAAGUAAUAUCAUUAAUAGCUUUACUAACCUAACCUAACAAACAGAUUUGUGUAAUUUUAUGCAUAUACGACUUUUUGGAAUUAAAAUUACAAAUAUAUUUCUACAUAAGACAUGUAGACACAUAAGUCUUUUUAAUUCAAUUUCAAAUUAGGAAAUGCUUAUUGACAUACGACGAAUUUUAUAAUGAACUGGUUUUAUUUAAAUUGUUUACAUAGAAGAUUUCAUUAUAAUGACAAUUUUAAAUGUUUUUUCGAUCAAUCUUCAGUCCUUGAAUUUUCAAGCUAUGAUAGGCACUACUACUACUACUACCACUAGCACUACGGCCUUCAAAGAGCCUCGCCCAUCACAUUCCUCCAGUCAUUACGGUCAAACUUUCGGUGUCUCCACCCCAUCACAACUAGCUCCCGAAGAUCCUCUUCGACAUCUACAGCCAUCGUUUGCGCAGUCGCCGGUUCUCGGUCUUCGGUCGGUAUGCUUUGCGUACCCCCGCUCCUCGGGCAUACGCUCUAAGUAGCCUAGUUAUCUGAGCCUAUCCCUCGCAGACUUUGAAAUAAUUUUUACUUGGGGGAAAAAUAGAAAAGAUGUUUCAUAUCAAACAAAUCAAAGUCUAAAUGAAUAAAUGCUCAAUUAACAAAAAAAAACGUCAAAACUCGAUGGCGCGAACGUGUUAAUCCAAAUAAUUUCCACCUUCCUUUGCAGAAAUAUAGUAGACAGUUGUUGUAUUAACAAGAGUCAAAUAAAUGCUAUUAUUAUUCACCUGAUUUUAUUUGCAAUAAUUAGGCAAUCUAAGAAAACAGCUGAUUUAUGUCAAAUUGGUUCGUGGGGUGAACAAUCGACUUCGUAGUAUGUACCCCUUUAGUUUUUCUCGUAGUGAGAAUUGUUUUUUUUGUUUCAUGGUGUCAAGAGGACUCCAUAGAUACUAUUUCAGUGAUAGAGCUAGAACUGCCGAGUAUUUUUUCAGUCAAGUAAUUCACAAAAUUUAGAACAUUUGGUUUUGUUGUCGUUAACCCCUUUCCAUUAAAUAAAAAAGGGUAUUAGUCGAAAAAAAAAAACAACUAAGCCACAUUUUCGGGGGAAAUAUCCCGCUUCUUCAGAUGCAUUUCACUAUAAGUGUUCACAGCGCCUGAAAUACUCUUUUGGGCAUUCCACAUGAUCGUUCUGAUCGCGGCUAGAACGUCACUCAUGACGACCCUUGUCAAGAGGUGGGUCGAAGUGAGCGUUGAAGGAAUUGGCGGAGUUUUCAAAACUUAGCAACGCAGAUUGCAACAAUGAGAAUAUAUUUCAUUAUUUGAUGCGUUCUUUUGCACUAUUCUUGUGACCCACUACCAAAUAUUUUACUAUCGCCGCAAAAGUUAUUUUGUUUUUACUUUAAAUCUGUUGAGCACUCCAUUAAAAAAUUCAAUAAGUUACAAAUUAUAACAUAACCUCUUAAUCUUUCGUUUUCUUUUUUCUGUUUUGUUAUUCGUCAACAGUCAAAACACCUCGUAAUUCAUUCCACUUGAGUUUACCACUAUAACGCUCUGGACUAAUUGGGGCGGGAAAGAUCGUGGUCAUGAUUGUUGUGCUUAGAAGAAUGCACCCUUCAAGUAGCAACUCUUUAUAAAUCCAACUUACGGCAAAAGCAUUUGUUUACCCCACGUCCGUUAUUUUUAAAUGAGCAUCAGCUGAUUUUGACCAUCCGUUAGAUUGCUCAAUACUAUAAACUACAAAAAAUGUUUCAAAAAGAAUAGUUCUAAUUAAUUAUUAGAAAAUAUAAUAAAUUUCAGAAAUUCUAUAAUAUCCUAAAACAGAAUCUAAGUCAUUGUUUAAUAUAAACAUUUUUAUCUCGCAAAAACAGUUUGUGAAGGACUGGGUUUGAAUUAUUCAUUUUGAAAUCAUUUAAAAAUAUAAAAUUUUCAUUUUGCAGUAUUAUCACUAGUAUCAGUGCACAAACAUGCUACUGGAAAAAUAUGGCUUUUGAUGUACGUAAAUUUUCUGUAAUUAUAGACAGUUUACUGUAGAUAUUGUGAAGUAUUAAAACAGUUUAUUGAAUACUCAGUAAAUUUGAUUUUUCAAAA